GCGCCGAGCGCGGGUUUCCGCUCGGGGCGGGCGAUAGAGACAGCGCGUCGCGCCUUUAGCAUCUUUCCCAGACUCCUGCCCAGCUCCUGCGAUCUCCACAGCAGCCUCUGAGGCCGCCCCCAGAGAGCAUCAGGAUGGCUGAGGAAAAGGGCGAAAAACAAGUCCUGGAAGAAUCUGCAUUUGAAGAAAUGGAAAGAGAUUUUCAGGGAGUUCUUCAUGAACUUUCAGGAGACAAAAGUCUGGACAAAUUUCGGAUUGAAUAUGAGAGGCUUCAUGCUGUCAUGAAAAAGUCUUAUGACAAUGAAAAGCGUCUGAUGGCCAAAUGCAGAGAGCUAAAUGCAGAGAUUGUAGUGAAUUCCGCAAAGGUCGCCACUGCCCUUAAGCUCUCUCAGGAUGAUCAGACCACCAUUGCAUCCCUAAAGAAGGAAAUUGAAAAGGCCUGGAAGAUGGUGGACUCAGCCUAUGACAAAGAGCAGAAGGCCAAGGAGACGAUUCUUGCUCUGAAAGAGGAAAUAGUGAACCUGACCAAACUAGUUGAGCAAGGGUCUGGACUGUCAAUGGACCAGGAUAGCAACAUCAGAGAUUUACUGAAGUUCAAAGAAGAAGUGACAAAGGAGAGAGACCAGCUCUUAUCAGAAGUGGUAAAAUUACGAGAAUCGCUAGCUCAGACCACUGAACAGCAGCAGGAAACAGAGCGAUCCAAAGAGGAGGCUGAACACACCAUCAGUCAGUUCCAACAAGAAAUCCAGCAACGUCAGAAUGAAGCUUCCCGGGAGUUCCGGAAGAAGGAAAAACUAGAGAAAGAGCUCAAGCAGAUUCAGACAGACAUGGACAGCAGGCAGACAGAAAUAAAAGCCUUGCAGCAGUAUGUGCAGAAGAGCAAGGAGGAGCUUCAGAAGCUGGAGCAGCAGCUGAAGGAGCAGAAGAUAUUGAAUGAGAGAGCUGCAAAGGAACUCGAGCAAUUUCAGAUGAGAAAUGCUAAACUUCAGCAAGAGAAUGAGCAGCACAGUUUGGUUUGUGAGCAGCUAUCCCAGGAAAACCAACAGAAGGCGUUGGAGCUCAAAGCCAAAGAGGAAGAAGUCCACCAAAUGCGCCUUGACAUCGGGAAGCUCAACAAAAUCAGAGAACAAAUCCAUAAGAAACUGCACCACAUUGAAGAUCAAAAGGCAGAAGUCGAACAGCACAAAGAAACCCUAAAAAAUCAGAUCGUGGGAUUAGAGAGAGAGGUGGAGGCUUCAAAGAAACAAGCAGAACUUGAUAGAAAGGCAAUGGACGAGCUUCUGAGAGAAAGGGACAUACUAAAUAAGAACAUGCUUAAGGCAGUCAAUGCGACCCAGAAGCAGACUGACUUGGUAAAGCUCCAUGAACAAGCCAAGAGGAACCUGGAGGAAGAAAUCCAGAACUACAAGGAUGAGGCUCAGAAGCAGAGAAAGAUCAUCUUUCAUCUGGAAAAGGAGCGUGACCGGUACAUCAACCAAGCCAGUGACCUUACGCAAAAGGUCCUUAUGAACAUGGAAGACAUAAAAGUUCGUGAAACGCAGAUUUUUGACUACAGGAAAAAAAUAGCUGAAUCAGAGAUUAAAUUAAAACAGCAACAGAACCUGUAUGAAGCUGUGAGAUCAGACAGGAAUCUGUACAGCAAAAAUCUGGUUGAGGCUCAGGAUGAAAUAACAGAAAUGAAGAGAAAGUUAAAGAUUAUGACUCAUCAGGUAGAUCAGCUGAAAGAAGAAAUCUCUGUCAAAGAGUCUGCACUUGUGAAGCUGCACCUGGAACAGCAGCGAAUAGAAAAGGAAAAGGAAACAUUGAAGGCUGAGCUGCAAAAGCUGAGACAACAAGCCCUGGAAACCAAACACUUUAUUGAAAAGCAAGAAGCUGAAGAGAGAAAACUCCUGCGAAUAAUUGCUGAGGCUGACGGGGAGAGGUUGAGACAGAAGAAGGAAUUAGACCAGGUCAUCAGCGAGAGAGAUAUCCUGGGGUCUCAGCUUGUUCGGCGCAAUGACGAGUUAGCUUUGCUCUAUGAGAAGAUCAAGAUCCAGCAGUCUGUGCUGAAUAAAGGGGAGAGCCAGUACAACCAGAGGUUGGAGGACAUGAGAAUCCUCAAACUUGAGAUCAAGAAGCUUCGCCGGGAAAAGGGGAUUCUUGCCAGGAGUGUGGCUAAUGUUGAAGAACUCAGACAGGAGUUUUUUCACAUGCAAAGAGAAUUCUUGAAGGAGAGGACACGCUGCCGAGCCUUGGAGGAGGAGCUGGAGAAUCCCAUGAAUGUGCACAGAUGGAGGAAGCUCGAGGCUAGCGACCCCAAUGCAUUUGAGCUGAUACAGAAAAUUCACACCCUGCAGAAGCGUCUCAUCAGCAAGACUGAAGAGGUGGUUGAAAAAGAGCUGCUCCUACAGGAAAAGGAGAAACUCUACAUGGAACUAAAGCACGUCUUGGCCCGCCAGCCUGGACCUGAGGCUGCGGAACAGCUGAAACUCUACCAACGCACGCUGCAUGACAAGAAGCAGCAGCUCAAAGUUUUGUCUUCAGAACUGAAUAUGUAUGAAGUACAGAGCAAAGAAUAUAAAUAUGAGGUAGAGAAACUUACCAAUGAGCUCCAGAAUUUAAAGAAGAAAUACCUCGCUCAGAAACGUAAAGAACAACUUCAAAAAAACAAGGACACAGCACCCAUGGAUAACACCUUCUUAAUGGUCAAACCAAAUGGCCCUGGUUUUACUGGGGGUGGAUUUCCUCUCGGGUCAACCAAGAUGAAGUUCUAACCUGAAGCUGCUGGCUGGGUCCAGUUGAACAGCUCAUGAAAUCUGCUCUGGGACAUUUUGGGGGAAUCUCAAAGUCCUUGGAUCAUAGAAUCGGUGCUGAGAAUCCAGGAUGGAAAGAAAUGCAGAACUAUUAUAGUCACAUACAUAUAAUAGGGAUGGUGUUUUGUCUGGUCCAUGUUGAUAUUAACAAGAUCAUAAUUCUCUGUGUUCAGUUAGGCUGACCUAUUGCAUGAAGCAAAUCUUUUGUUGCUACGCUAUUGAUUGAAAUGUACUAGACCUUAAUUUCUUUAUUACAGAUAUUGGUGUACUUGAAGGUUUUAUAUUUAAAAGUAUUUUUGAAAUGCAAUGCGUCCCCUCUCACCUUAUUAACAAGAAUCUAUUUUAAUUAUUCCUCAUUAACAAGUCAUUGCAUGAGAUGAGAAAGAAGGACAAACUCUCAAGAAUCUAAAAAGUGUUUUGAGAAUGAUUUCUAUGUGGAAUUUCUUUUCAGGCCUGGAGUAGGAAAAUCUAUUCCAAAGAGACACACUAAUAAAUACUUCAUCAUAAAAAAUAAAAAAGAAUCUUUGUAGACAUUUUGA